UACUUCUAGGACUUCCUCAGUUUCCAGUCUGCUGAUUACAGCCUUUCUUAGUUUCAAUUUUAUCGUUUAUUUUUAAGUCAUUUCUCUCUCAUUUAGGGUGGAAGGGGAGGAGGUUGAGGGGAUACAUCUGCCCUCUUGCUCAGUUGCCCCUGACACAUUUCAGUUUAGAGGUUGAAUUUAAUUAAGCACAAGAGGAAAUUGAUAGGACUCUCGGGCAGACCACAGGCAACAAACAGGGAAAAUGUGAGGGAUCCUGGACACCUGCUGAGGUGGGGCUGAGAGAACCACAGAGUGCUGGAGACCAGCGCAGGCACAGCUGAAGAUGCUGAACUGGGCGUUGACCCGGAUACAGAAACCCCCGCCCCAGGUCUUCCCAAUGGCGAAAGGCAGGGCAGCGGAAGUAGAUGUAAGAGGGCUCCGGCAGGGAGAUUAGGGGCUGAAAGUUCUCGCCAAUAGGCUUAGCGCUGGACUUUCCUCACGGGGAGGUGGAGCGCAAUGCUUAGGGCGGCUCCCAAUAGCUGGGCAGGGGAAGAACUGGGAUUCAUCCUGCACCGGCACUGUGGCUCACGCACCCAAGAGUCCUGGGGCAAGGCUGGGCUGAUACAAUCAGCAACCUGCGUCAUUGCUGUCCUGAGAUGUGGCAGGAGAAAGAAAGUCAUGAAUGCAGGUUCCUGGGUAAAUGGCACCGUGCCUGAAGAACUUCACAAACACCCAGGACAGACCCUCCUCCUACAAUGCCAGUACUCACCCAAGACAGGACCCUAUCAGUCCAAGACCUGGUAUCAGCAGACAUCUCCAGAUCGGUGUACCAUACUUGUCACCAGCUCCAAGCCCCGGACAGCAGUUCAGAAGUCUCGUUACACAAUCUGGGAUGAGCCCAACGCUGGCUUCUUCAACAUCACCAUGAUUCAGCUGACACAGAACAACUCGGGAUUCUACUGGUGUGGAAUUUACAACACUUCCAAAAAAGUCAUCACUGUUCUUAGAGAUAUCAAUCUGGUGGUGUCUCCAGCCCCAACAACGUCUCCUAUGUGGACCUUCCCCCGGCUCGCAACAAGCACAGUUCUGAUCACUUCUCCAGAGGGGACCUCUAGCCAUCCCUCCAUCAAUGGCUCUCAGACUAGGAAAUCAAGUGCCCCCGCCUGCCUUGGCUCAGGUGGCCCCAGUUUGCUGGUCUCUGUGCUAUGUGGACUCCUCAUGGCCAAGGGCCUGAUGCUGUGA